ACUCAAUGCAAUUGUUUCCAAAACUUGUCAGAACUCAGUAACCCCGAAGCAUCCGUAAUACGUCAGUGAGCUUGGGAGAGCCAUGUCUUGCACAUUCAUGAAUAUUUUUGAACCCCAGUCGACACCAGCUUUUACAGCACUGGAUUAUGCUUCAACAAUCCUUCUUACUCCGAGCUGGUUCUAUUUCUCUUCUUCUAGUUAUAUCUGGAGUCUAAAAUCGCCAACGUAUGAGUCCAGAACUUGGCUGGAAGUUAAAGCAAGUAAUACUUGCUUCAGGCAGUUUUGUGGCUGGCAACAAAUAUCACGUGACCAGUUUAGUGGUUCCCCACACUUUACGCGGGAACGCGUCUACGUAUGGUACAAUCAUGACCGCGUUAUCAACCUUCCCAUCACAUCCAUCACCAAAAACAUAUCACACCCAAAAUGUUCUCCACACUCCCUCCUUCUUCGCAUCACGCAUUCCAAUCGUCACACUAUGCGCCAGUGACACCAUCACCGCUUUCAUCCUCGCCUUUACGCGCAUCACCCAAUCGCGAUGACAUCUUCAGCUUCGACAUGGCAAGCCUGACGCCGCCGCAGACGAACCAGACAGAGCGAAGUAACGAGAGUGCAUAUUCUGCGAGACAGACAAAGAAAAACCCCUUGAUCCACAGGAACGACAAUGACAAUGGGCGGGAAACACGACGGAAGUUGUUCCUACGACGCGUGAGGCAGGACAGUGAGGAUAAGAGAUGGGAGAAGAGGGGUGGCGAUGACGAGAUUAUGCGAACUAUCUGGAUUGCGGAGCAGAAACGUCGAGAGGAAAGGCGUGCGAGAGAUGCUCAAGCCUGGGCAGGCCUUGAAGAGGAGGAAGACUUAGACGAGGCCCAAUCGACAGAGAUUGGAAAAAUCAAUCCCAGUCAAGAUGAAGAAAUGGUGGACGAGGUUGCACAGCAGGAAGACGCCGAGAUGGAGGCUAUGUUAUCGAUGCUUGACGCCGAGUCAUGGGAUCCACCGCCGAAUCAAAGGAACCAGCACGAUGACAACAAUACACCAUACGGUAGCGAUGAUGACGAGUACGACCAGUUGUUCAUGGAGAUAGGCUUUGAUGAAUCAGGUGGGAACCUGUCGUCAACUCCCGUACAAAGUGGGCGAGAAGCAGACCAGGAUAUGAUGGACAUGAGCUAGAGCAGCACGUGUGUCCAGCUUAUACAUCGGAAGAGUGAAGCAUAUCUGUAAUUGGCGUUCAGGGCAUAGCAUGUAUUUGGGUUUGGGACAGACGCGACAGGAUAUCCACUGGGGAGUAUAUUCGCGUUUCUGUAAUUUCGAGUACUACUACAGGAUGAUAAUCAAGGCUAUACUAUUAUGUG